CGGGUUAGAGCCGCCCCAAUGGCGGCGCCCUUGGUGAUGCGGCUUUCGCCCUCGCUGUGUGGCCGUCUCGCCUUCUCCUUCUCCUCCUUCUCCUCCUCCUCCUCCUCGCUGCGUCUCCCGGCCACGACGACGGGCAGGAUCCGCCGCGGGUGCUACCGCAGCAGCAGCAGCGCUAGCAGCAGCAGCAGCAGCAGCUUGUACAGCCACGUGAGAGACGGCUACUCGGAGAGGCCGGAGCUGGACAUGGCGCACGUGUGCAGCCACGGCGAGGCGUGGGCGAGCGACGUGGAGGCGCGCAAGGGCGAGCUGGCGGCACGGGACGUGCAGGACAUCAUUUCGACAUGGAAGCAAUUGGAGGACGUGAAAGUUCAAGUGGCAUUGCUGGAGGAUGAAAAGUCUCUGGUCGCUUCGCAAAUCAAACACAUUGUGGAAAACAAUGAGAGAUCUUCCGUCCCUUCGAUCCCAGACUACCAGCGCCUACGCACAGAAGGUCGCGAGAUCCGUGUGAAACUCAACGUCCUUUACGACCGGAUGACUGAGCUGGAUGAGAAAUUCUACCUCAAAGCUCUGCAGUUGCCCAACCGCACGCACCCCAGCGUGCCCGUUGGUGAUGAGAGCCAAGCCAGGGUGCUGGAAACUGUAGGCCAAAAGCCAGAAUUUGAUUUUAAACCACGUGUACAUUUAGACAUCGGGGAGAAGUUGGACAUAAUACGACAGAAGCACCUGUCACACGUGUCGGGGCAUCGCUCGUAUUAUCUGCGAGGCGCGGGCGCGGAGCUGGAACACGCGCUCGCCCACUUUGCCCUCAAGAAGCUCAAGCGACGGGGUUUCGUCGCCAUGUCCGUGCCCGACAUGCUCAAAGGCGUUGUUUUUGAAGGAUGUGGAAUGUGUCCCAGUGCCAAGACGUCUCAGCUUUACCAGCUGGACCCUGCCAAAUUCAAGGACCUUAACCUGGCCGGUACCUCCGAGGUUGGCAUCGCCGGUUACUUCAUGGAUCAUGCAGUGGAAUUGAAGGACCUGCCCUUGAGGAUAGUUUGCCGCAGCACUUGCUACAGAGCCGAGACAGAGACUGGCAAGGAGACGUGGGGCCUCUACCGCGUGCAUCACUUUACCAAGGUGGAGAUGUUUGGGGUGACGGCUGCCGAAAGUGGAAACGAAAGCAAUGCUCUCCUAGAUGAGUUCCUCUCCAUCCAGAAGGAGAUCUACUCUGACCUGGGCCUGCACUACAAGGUUUUGGAUAUGCCGACAGAGGAGUUGGGCCUUCCCGCUUACCGUAAAUACGACAUUGAGGCCUGGAUGCCAGGCCGUGAAAAGUUUGGCGAGAUAUCAAGUACCUCCAACUGCACAGACUACCAGAGUCGGAGACUUCAUAUCAAGUACUUUGAUUCGUCAAGGAAUCUUAAAUAUGCCCACACGGUGAAUGGGACAGCAUGCGCAGUGCCACGAUUACUCAUCGCUAUCCUUGAGACAUACCAAAUGAAGGACGGCCGCGUCCGGGUGCCGCCAGCGCUGCAGCCCCUGCUGGAGGCGGAGGUGAUCGGGAAGCCGGCGACCACCCCGCUGCACUACAUCGGCACCAACCGCAGGAGACCGGCCAAGGACGACUGAGCCGCCUGCAAGUGCCACGCACCGGUGGCAGGAGCCAGCGAAACCGCGACAGCGACGUCCGGUGGGGGGAGGUGCCGGGGCGUUUAAAGCUCGUGUGCGAGCGAGCUCGGCGGUGCGACGAUGCGGAAUUCGCCAGCUCCGAGCCACGAGCAUGGGAAUUUGGGACCAUUGGACCAUUGUGUUGCUUUGUACCAGGUGUGGACAUUAGGUACGGCAGUGGGGUAGCUAUAGAGCAGUCGUUCUUAACCUGGGGUGCACGCACCCUGCCUAGGGGUGUGAGGCAUGCUGGAUUUUUUUGGAAGGUAAAUCAUGAAAACACAAAUUGAAGCACGGGCAUGUAAGUACAACUACGUUGUUUCUUCAAACCUAUAUGUAUUAACAUAAAAAAUACAAUUGAGAAACGAAAGGGGUGCAAGGCUGCAGUAAAGGUUAAGAACAACUGCUGUAGAGUGUGGUGCAGGUGGUGGAAAUGCACCAAGGGCCCCCAGGCCAGAGGAGCCCAGAAGCCCCACUACAAAUACAGGAGAAAUUGUACCCGGGGUGGCCGAGGUAAGAUCUUACACGAGGCGGCUCCAUGCCGCUGGCCCUGGAGUAAUUCUAAUAGAAAUGCCCUUCUCGGCGAGUUUUGUUCACCGUGCUAACGUUACCGAUGUGUUUCCCUGCAGGAAUGUUCCUGCCAACAAAGAGUGAACUUGGCUGCAAAAUACUUUUGAAAUCUCAACGUAUGAGAAAUGUAUUAUUUAAGUUAAUAAAUUAACUACAGCAGUAAAACAGGCAAGAUUUCCCCCACUUUAUUCAACUAGAGGCACAGACGACAACAUUGUGCUUUGAUUUAUUGAUAAGUAAAUUUAUUAAGAACACGCUUAAAGCCUUCCUACAACGAUGCAAGUGCGUUCCGUAUGCAACGAUUAUUCGGAUGUUACAUCUGUCGGGGCUACCACAAAAAACACGACUCCUACUAGAAACGCUAGAACAUAAACACGUGUCUGCUAAAAACAUAAAAGACCAAGUGAUCCUUGUCGGAGCAACUUGGGCCCUUGCAGUGUCGGGUGGCACUCAGUAUCGCUCGGAGGCUCGGAAAAUCUGUGACCCUGCCUCCCCAUCUUCUGGUUGGGUUCCCACCCCUUUAUUUGUACCAAUUGUCCUCUGUUCCAGCUUAGCUUUGGCUUUUAGUUACAGUAGAGGUAUUUAUACCAGAGUCUACAAAACGUAUUAUAAAUGUCCUGUGAACCGUACUAGUGUGUAGGUUUUGUCAAUCAUGCAACCUAGCCCUUCGAUGGGUUUUCAGUUUGGCGACGUAAAUAUUGAGUUCCUGAAGAGAAAAACGUCAGGCACUGUACCCAACUACACAUCGCGAAAACCAAUCUGAGAGCUGCCCUGCGCACUAGCUUCUCAAACGAUGACACGGAACCACGUUCGAUAAUUAAUAGAACGUAUCGUUUCAUUGUACUUGAGACUAAACAUUGCUAUAUUGGGCACCUCGAUUACAUUGACCAUGUUCCAAAGGAAACUACAACAAACCAAGUGGCUGUUGUGCUACCCGACACGAUUUUGAAGCUUUGUUAGCGAGCAAUCUCCCUCGUUCUGCAAUGCCAGCACUGGCGACAUCACUGCGACACGACACCACUCUUGCAUGCUCCUUCGAGUCACUUUAAAAGUGUCUUUCUCGUCGACAAAGCUUCAAAGUUGUAUCGGAGAGCUCAACUCGCAACCAAGGUACUUGCCUACAAAGUAAAGAACCGAGUAUUUUUCGAGUCGUGUCUUCGAAUACCAAAGUUAGGUUGGAACAGACGUUGCACGAACGAUCGAGAUUAAAAUGUUUGUGCCGGGUGGAUGAAGCGGUCUGUGACCUUGAAUGACCUCCCCCCUCAAUUACUUGUGCAACACUGAACCCCUGGGAGAGCCUCCCGCAGACACAACACCACCGCUCGGAAAAUAAAUUACACUCACCCACAUCACACUACUGCCGACAGCACUCUCUAGUAAAGGUUAUGGUCGAGAACAACACGAACGUGUAAACACCCAGGACCUUGUCAUAACUUAGGGCUUCUAAUUCCUGGCAGCAACCCAAUGGUAAAUGCAGUCACGUGUUCGUAAGUAACCCGUUUACACCCGCACGUUUUGUUUUCAUUCUUAAGCAAAAGCCAAAUAUACAUUUUUCUUUUCGUCGAGUCAUUGCAAACUUUUAACGUGGGUCGAAUCGGGGAGCUUCCUUCUUGAAUUGUACAAAUAUAGUAAAAAAACAAUUGUUAAUUUGUUAACCUUCGACUCUCGUCUGAUUAAAUUAUUUCAACAAAACUA